GAAGACUGACACUAUGAAGCUUUGACUUCAGAAACAGACAGUUGACAUACCAUAAAUAUUGAUUGGCCUUAAGUUGACUAGCAACCGUAGUCAAGAAACCUCACAGGAACUCUUUCUUCCCUGAUUAGCUUGUAUCACAAAAUCAAUCAUGUAUGGAAGCGCUCGGUCAGUUGGUAAAAUUGAGCCAAGCAACCAGAGUCCUGGGCGUUCACCAAGACUGCCACGAUCACCACGGCUGGGCCAUCGUCGAACCAACAGUACCGGAGGCAGCUCUGGAAGUAGUACUGGGGGUGGCAGUGGCAAAACGCUUUCUAUGGAAAAUAUCCAGUCCUUAAAUGCUGCCUAUGCCACUUCAGGCCCUAUGUACCUAAGUGACCAUGAGAAUGUGGGUGCAGACACGCCGAAAAGUACCAUGACUCUUGGCCGAUCUGGGGGGCGUCUGCCUUAUGGUGUAAGGAUGACUGCUAUGGGCAGCAGUCCCAACAUUGCCAGCAGUGGGGUUGCCAGUGAUACUAUUGCAUUUGGAGAGCAUCACCUUCCUCCUGUGAGCAUGGCGUCCACAGUGCCUCAUUCACUGCGGCAGGCUCGGGACAAUACUAUAAUGGACCUGCAGACACAGCUCAAAGAAGUGUUGCGGGAAAAUGAUCUGCUGCGCAAGGAUGUAGAGGUGAAAGAAAGCAAACUUAGUUCCUCCAUGAAUAGUAUCAAGACAUUCUGGAGUCCUGAGCUAAAGAAGGAAAGAGCCCUGAGGAAAGAUGAAGCAUCCAAGAUAACAAUUUGGAAGGAACAGUAUCGAGUUGUGCAAGAAGAAAGCCAGCAUAUGCAGAUGACAAUUCAGGCUCUUCAAGAUGAGCUGAGGAUCCAGAGGGACCUGAACCAGCUUUUCCAGCAAGACAGCAGCAGUAGACCUAAUGAGCCUUUUGUAGCAGAGCUUACAGAGGAAAACUUCCAGCGGCUUCACGCAGAGCAUGAGCGACAAGCUAAGGAACUCUUCUUGUUACGCAAAACUUUGGAAGAAAUGGAGCUGCGCAUUGAAACUCAAAAGCAAACCUUAAAUGCUCGUGAUGAGUCUAUCAAAAAGUUAUUGGAGAUGCUGCAGAGCAAAGGUCUGUCCGCAAAAGCCACAGAGGAGGAUCAUGAGAGGACCAGACGGUUGGCAGAGGCAGAGAUGCAUGUGCACCACCUGGAAACCUUACUGGAACAGAAGGAAAAGGAGAACAGCUUACUAAGAGAGGAGAUGCAUCGUCGCUUUGAAAAUGCUCCUGACUCAGCCAAGACUAAAGCUUUGCAGACGGUUAUAGAGAUGAAGGACUCUAAGAUCUCCUCCAUGGAACGUGGACUCAGAGACCUGGAGGAAGAGAUCCAGAUGUUGAAAUCGAACGGAGCACUCAGCACAGAAGAACGUGAGGAAGAAAUGAAACAAAUGGAAGUAUAUCGUAGCCAUUCCAAAUUCAUGAAAAACAAGGUAGAGCAACUGAAGGAAGAGCUAAAUGCCAAAGAGUCUCAAGGGGAGGAGCUGAAAAAGAGAGUGGCUGGUCUUCAGACUGAGAUUGGUCAAGUGAAACAGGAGCUCUCACGUAAAGACACUGAACUGCUGGCCUUACAAACAAAGUUGGAAACGCUCACAAACCAGUUUUCUGAUAGCAAACAACACAUCGAUGUGCUCAAAGAGUCCCUCACAGCUAAAGAGCAGAGAGCUGCUAUUCUGCAAACAGAGGUGGAUGCUCUGCGGUUACGUCUGGAAGAAAAGGAGACGAUGCUUAAUAAAAAGACUAAGCAGAUUCAGGAGAUGGCCGAGGAAAAAGGAACUCAAGCUGGAGAGAUUCAUGACCUCAAGGAUAUGCUAGAUGUGAAGGAACGCAAAGUGAACGUUCUUCAGAAAAAGAUUGAAAAUCUUCAGGAACAGUUAAGAGACAAGGAGAAACAGAUGAGCAGUUUAAAAGAGAGAGUAAAAUCCUUGCAGGCUGAUACCACCAACACUGACACUGCCUUGACCACACUGGAGGAAGCACUUGCUGAGAAGGAGCGGACUAUUGAGCGCCUGAAGGAGCAGCGUGACAGAGACGAGAGAGAGAAACAGGAGGAGAUUGACAACAAUAAGAAAGAUAUUAAGGACCUGAAGGAGAAAGUCAGCACGCUGCAAGGAGAUCUGACGGAGAAAGAGGCUUCCUUGCUGGAUUUGAAGGAGCAUGCCUCAUCUCUAGCAUCAUCAGGAUUGAAGAAAGACUCUCGGUUGAAGUCGCUUGAAAUUGCCUUGGAACAGAAAAAGGAGGAAUGUUUGAAACUGGAAUCUCAGCUGAAAAAGCAUCCUGAAGUCUUAUUGAGUCACCCAUCCAAGCCAGCUCACGAAGCAACAGUGGAAGCCAGGGCCAGUCCAGAGAUGAGUGACCGAUUUCAGCAGUUAGAGAGAGAAGUGGCACAGUAUCGGGAAGAAUCCACUAAGGCACAAGCAGAGGUGGAUCGUCUGCUGGAAAUCCUGAAGGAGAUGGAAAAUGAGAAAAAUGAUAAAGAUAAGAAGAUAGCAGAACUGGAAAGCCUCACCUCAAGGCAAAUUAAAGAUCAGAAUAAAAAGGUAGCGAAUCUGAAGCACAAAGAACAAGUGGAGAAAAAAAAGAGUGCACAGAUGUUGGAAGAAGCUCGGCGGCGGGAGGACAAUCUUAACGACAGCUCUCAGCAGCUGCAGGACAAUCUACAUAAGAAAGAUGAUCGGAUUGAGGAACUGGAAGAAGCACUGAGAGAGAGUGUGCAAAUAACAGCAGAGCGGGAAAUGGUACUGGCACAAGAAGAAUCAGCCAGGUCACAUGCUGAAAAACAGGUAGAAGAGCUGAUGAUGGCUAUGGAGAAAGUGAAACAAGAACUGGAAUCAAUGAAAUCAAAGCUCUCCUGUACCCAACAGUCUCUGGCUGAGAAAGAAACGCACUUGACCAACUUGCGGGCUGAGAGGAGGAAACAUUUGGAGGAGGUCCUAGAGAUGAAACAAGAAGCCCUUCUAGCUGCCAUUAGUGAAAAAGAUGCCAACAUUGCUUUGCUGGAGCUCUCUUCCUCUAAGAAAAAAACCCAAGAUGAAGUGGCUGCCCUAAAACGAGAGAAAGACCGCUUGGUGCAACAGCUAAAGCAACAGACACAAAAUCGCAUGAAAUUGAUGGCAGAUAACUAUGAUGAUGACCACCUCAAAUCGUCAUCUCAUUCCAACCAAACUAAUCAUAAACCCUCCCCAGAUCAGGUAAUUCAGCCUCUUUUAGAUCUUGAUCAGAAUCGCAGCAAGUUGAAGUUGUAUAUUGGACACUUGACAGCCCUGUGCCAUGACCGGGACCCCCUGAUUCUCCGUGGACUCACCCCACCUGCAUCCUACCACCUGGAUGACGACCGUGCAGCUUGGAAGAAGGAGCUGCAGAAGAUGACAAUGGAGCAGCUUCAUGACGAGCUGGAGAAAGGCGAGAGGGACAGUGCGGAGCUACAAGAGUUUGCCAAUGCCAUUCUACAGCAGAUAGCCGAUAACUGCCCUGACAUCUUGGAGCAAGUUGUCAAUGCGCUUGAGGAAUCUUCAUGAC